UUAAUAAAGCAAGUUUUCGAAUGGUAACCAUUAUUUGUAGCGGAGCAUAAUUGACACAAACCAACUAAAAGACAUAAUAUGUCCGUGGCUACAGGCACACACACUUCCUCAUAUACAGACAUAAAAUACACACAAAUAGAUCUUCUCUCACUCCACCGGCUUAUCUCAGUAUUCUGUAAUAUAAUAGCAACUGAUGUCACCAACUGUUUACUAUAUGCUGUGAGUCGCCUAUGUGUAAAAAAAGUAAAAUCCAAGGCAAGGUUUGCAGUUUAAAGAAUGCACUGAGUGCGCGUUGACCCCGAAUUGCUGUUGUGGGGGGAAGGGAGAGGUGUCGGAGUCGAAGGGGCGCUGGCCAGACAGUCUAUGUCUCCUUCUCUAACCCUAAUACGUUGGGUGCUCGCUCUUUGACGCAGAGCUGCUGAUGGAGCCGCUAUUUAAAUAAUGAAUUGGCCAGGAUCACGUGAGCUCUGAUUCUGAAUAAUUCAGCGUGUUUGCCAGAUCACAUCACCCUCCUUCAAUCAAUCCAGCAUCAAAGCGACCCUGAAGCAAUGUGUGUUUUUACCUGAAACAAUCCUUGACUAAUCUUUGUGGGGGUUCAACGGGUUUCCAGUAGGCAGCAUUCAUUUGGACUUCAGUCAUGUUCUUAAAGGCUCAGAUGGUCUUCAUGUGAAUGGCUGGUUUCCCUCGCGCUGGAAUUUGGAUUCUCCGCUGAAGUACUCCACAUUCAAUUGAGAACCUUUAUAUCAGCUGAAGAACAUUCCCUAAUUCACACCCCUGCCACCUGCUUCGCAGCUAUGAGUGGAUUCCUCUCAUACCUGGACCCUCGACGGGUUCAUUGGGGUGCUACUUGGAUGGCGUUACACUCACGGAUUCUUCGCACUAAGCCUGUGGAAUCUAUGCUUGAUGAUUCCAACCAGCAAGGAACAGGUCACUCCAGACUGGCCCAGGUACUCACCACAGUUGACCUAGUGUCUCUUGGAGUUGGCAGCUGUGUGGGGACUGGCAUGUAUGUCGUAUCUGGACUGGUAGCCAAGGAGAUGGCAGGACCUGGUGUCAUUGUGUCUUUUAUCAUCGCAGCAGUGGCCUCCAUCUUAUCAGGGGUGUGCUAUGCUGAGUUUGGUGUGCGAGUACCUAAGACUACAGGCUCUGCCUACACUUACAGCUAUGUGACAGUGGGAGAGUUUGUAGCAUUCUUCAUUGGGUGGAACCUGAUUUUGGAGUAUCUGAUUGGCACAGCCGCUGGUGCCAGUGCUUUGAGCAGUAUGUUUGAUUCACUAGCCAACCACACCAUCAGCCACUGGAUAGUGGAUUACGUUGGCACUUUGAAUGGACUAGGGAAAGGGGAAGAGUCCUAUCCUGACCUCCUGGCACUGUUCAUCGCUGUCAUUGUGACAGCCAUCGUUUCCUUAGGAGUGAAGAAUUCUGUAGGGUUUAACAAUGUGCUGAACAUCAUCAACUUGGCUGCUUGGGUCUUCAUCAUGUUCUCAGGCCUGUUCUUCAUCAAUAGCGCCAACUGGGAUGAAGGGAGGUUUCUACCUUUUGGAUGGUCUGGGGUUCUCCAGGGUGCAGCAACGUGUUUCUAUGCAUUCAUUGGCUUCGACAUCAUUGCCACAACAGGAGAGGAAGCAAAGAGUCCAAACACUUCCAUCCCAUACGCUAUCACUGCAUCUCUGGUGAUCUGCCUAACAGCAUACGUGUCUGUCAGUAUUAUCCUGACACUGAUGGUGCCUUAUUAUGCCAUUGACACGGAAUCUCCACUCAUGGAGAUGUUUGUACUACACGGAUUCCACGCAGCCAAGUACAUUGUUGCGAUUGGUUCGGUGGCAGGACUGACGGUCAGUCUCCUGGGCUCCCUCUUCCCGAUGCCCAGAGUGAUUUAUGCCAUGGCUGAUGAUGGUCUACUCUUCAGGUUUUUUGCCCAUGUCAGUAACUACACGGAGACCCCAGUUGUGGCCUGCAUUGUUUCAGGAUUCCUUGCGGGUCUUCUUGCCCUGCUGGUCAGCCUACGGGACCUUAUUGAAAUGAUGUCCAUUGGAACCCUUCUAGCCUACACCCUGGUAUCGGUGUGUGUUCUGCUUCUGCGCUACCAGCCCGAGAGUGACAUUGAUGGCUUUGUCAAGUUCCUAUCGGAGGAAGGCACUAAGAAGAAGGAAGGAGUGCUAGCUGAGUGUGAGAAGGAAGCCAUUUCCCCUAUGAGUGAAGGGGAAGACUACACUGGCCUUGGGAAGAACACUUGUGGAGCAAAGAACCUGCCAUCUUUGGGCGACAAUGAAAUGCUUAUUGGGAAACAGGACAAGUCCAGUUAUAGCGUGAAUCAUCCUAACUAUGGUACCGUGGAUAUGAGCACAGGAAUAGAAGCAGAUGAAUCUGAGAACAUAUACUUAAUAAAGCUCAAGAAGCUGAUUGGACCGCGGUACUACACGAUGAGGAUUCGGCUUGGCCUGCCCAAUAAGAUGGAUCGUCCGACCACUGUCACAGGACGCACAGUUACCACCUGUGUGAUGCUACUCUUUGUCUUGAUGUUUGUCUUCUGCUCUUUUGCCAUUUUUGGGGAGGAGUACAUCUAUGAUCGGAGCUGGUGGGCCAUCCUGCUGAUAAUCCUGAUGGCAUUGCUGAUCUGCUCACUGGUCUUUGUGAUCCUACAGCAACCUGAAAACCCCAAGAAGUUGCCAUACAUGGCUCCCUGUGUUCCCUUCGUGCCUGCAUUUGCCAUGUUGGUAAAUAUGUACCUCAUGUUGAAGCUCUCCAGUAUAACUUGGAUCCGCUUUGCAGUCUGGUGUUUUGUAGGAUUACUCAUUUAUUUCGGAUAUGGAAUUUGGAAUAGUAGCCUGGAGAUUGGAGCACGUCAGGAAGCCCUGAGCCAGAGCACGUAUCAACGCUACGACGUGGAUGACAGCUUCAUGGUGGAUGAGAGUUUUGCCUACCCAGAGGAAGAGAUGACUCAACACCAAGAGGAGUGGCCACCAGCAGAGCAGAUGGGGUAUCAGUCCAAGCAGGCAAUGCCUGACAUUGUUGGAAAUCACAGGACCUACAACAAAGGCAGAAGUAAAGGGAAGUAUGUCGGGAAAUCAGAGGCACUGAUUGCAAAUGAUGAGCUAGAUAAUUCCCCAAAGUAAAGGGUACUGACCCUCAUACCCUUGAGCUAGAUCUUGGACAUGAUCUCUUUUAUAUGAAAAAAAAUGCUGUCACGUGACAUUAAAAAAGGCAAUGUGUUUGUUUAAUUUUUUUCAAACUUCACUCUUUUCAUUCUUAAAGGGUUGUCAUUUUCCUGUAUAAAUGUUUGGCAAACUUUUAUUGUUCAGGAAGACCAAAAUUGUGUUAUCACAGGGAUAUGAGUGGAUGGGGUGAUUCUGUGUAACUCAUACUGCCCUGGAGUUUCAUGCACUUACAAUUAUAUUGCAAAAAGAAUUUGCCAGAUAUUUAUUGCAGGGCUCCUUUUAAUCAGUAAAUUAAGCCAAAAAAAAACUUUCUUUUGGAAAGAAUACACUCCACCCAAUUGAAAUCCCAAUACAUUACAAUGAGGUGUGAGUGUGAAUAUUCCAGAAUGACAUUAAAUUUAACACAAAGCCAAAAGGAAAGUUCAAGUUGACAUACAUAUUACUAUAAUGUUGAACCUUGAGAGCAGAAAGAGUUGUGUCAGUUUAUUGAGUACAUUCUUGUUAUACGUUCAGAACUUAAUGAAUGCUUGACCUUAGAGGCUUGAUAAAGACCUGAUAAAAGGCACUCAGCCUCAAAAAUGUGUAAAAGCAACAUGUUGCCUUUUACAAAUCUAGAACAACCCAGACUCAGUCCUUAAUUUGUGCUAAAGUAGCCAGUUGUAAUCAGAGUGUUGACGGGUCAGGUUAGCAAAAGCCCCAUUGUGCCUAGUUAGACAAGUGACAACAUAAUACAAUCAGCCAAGUUCCUUGCCGUCUAACAUAAUGACCCCCCCGCUGUGCAUACAUUUUUAUAGACGGGCUUGGAUGGGAUGCAACUCAGUGUUGAAUACCCUGCUGAUAAUCACAGUCUUUUUGUUCAAAAAUGAAGGAGGUGGACAUUUGAAACUGCAGCCGCACUGUGUGUCACCAUCUUGAGAGCAGAAACAUCAAGCUGUGCUGAUAAAGUGCAGAUCACAUCUGGUAGACAAAGAUGUGUGGGGCUCUUAGGAAUUAUAGCGUCUUUCACUGAUUUAAUGAGUGAAAUUUACAACUUUAGUUCAUUUCAUAAGUAACAAUUCCUUUAUGAUAGUAAUGUUUGCUGCCCCUUCAUCUUUCAACACUAUAUCUGUGUAGGCAUGAGGAAUUAUUAUUGUUAUCAAAAGUUACACAGUUUAUGUUUUGAAGGACUGGAUUAUAUUUCCUUCUGAUUAUCCAACAAUAUUUAUGUAAACUGUUCAAGUUUUUGAACUAGUCUAUAAAAAGCCCUUCCUUUAGAAAUUAGGCAGGGCACAUACAAGGAAGACUAAUUACUUUACUUCCUUUCUGGCUGAUAAUAUUGUCCAACUAAUGAUCAUGCAAUUUUUUAAGACUCCUAAAUUGCAAUAUUUGUUGGGAAAAAUGAAGUUUACUUACAUUGAAAAAAGGUGUAUUCAAACAUCAGUUAUAAGAUAGAAGCUACUGGGUGCAACUGCUAUCUGAGCCCUGAGGGAAAUGUAUCUUUUUGUCAUUCUACACAGCAAAAGUGACAGUAAUUUUCUUGAAACUGCUCAUGGACUUUAUACAGAUUCAUUUUCUCAUUGAAAAAUUUAUUUUUAACUUCAAAGGCAGUUUUUCAGUUGAGGUGGUGGGAGGACCCAAUAAUGACAAGGAGUGAAAGUGAAAACAAUAUUAAUAUCAAGUUGAAUAUUGUUUGUUUUACUGUAAAUAAUGUUUUCAAUUUGACAGUAUGAUAAAGAGCAGUUAUUUUCAACUUGAUGGUAUGGAAUUACAAGUUUGCAUAUUAAAUUAUUCCCUUUGCAUCUCUUAAUUGGAUGAAAGCUCACUGCUCCAAGAUUGGCUUUGAAUAUUGAAGCUGGAUUGGUUGACAGUUUCUACUGAAGGCAGCCUAUACUAAUUGAUAAUAGUUCAAUGAUGUUCAUUGGAGUCAUAUGAUGUCAUUGGGAAGAAUCACAGCUGAUAAGAAUAGUGAGAGAGGGGUAGUGAUUAGAAGAAGUGUCCCCAAUCUCCACCCCACCACCUCUCAAAUGUACCUCACAAGUGUGGAGCAAUCUACUAGUACAUACCUCUGCUUUAAUUUGCUAUUUGCAUAUUGCCUUGCCUUCCUUUAGGCAUAAAACUUUCAAGCACUAAAAUAAUGUAUUGUGCAGAUAAAAUAAACUUCUAAAAGGGGUAUAUUAAGUCUGAACCUCUGGCUCACUCUUGCUUCUUACAUCUGAAUGUACGCUAUCGUGGCCUCAAAACAUUGACUUUAAAUCAGAAUUGAAACCAGUCACAGGUAUGACUUAUUGCACAAACUCCCAUCCAUGAAUUGACUUACUAGAAUGCAUGCCUGUGCAGUGUCUUUCUAAAAAAUAUUUGAAAUAUGUUUCUUGUUAUUGCAAUGUAUAUAUAUAUUUCCUUGUGGUUUUUUUUUCCAAAUCUGUGCACAUUUUGUCGUGUUCUAACUGCAUGCAAUGUCUGGCACCAAGAGUAACAGAAUUGAAGAUCUGCAUUCUAUAUUGUCAUUGUGGUGUAUUUGUUUCAUUCACAAACUUCACUGGCAAGAUCAGUAUUGUGGAUUGUCCUCUUGAACCAUUGAUAGAAAUUUGAUAUGACUGAGUGAGUUACUUUGAGAGCUGUUAAUGGUCAAUUAACUUAAUAUGGCUUUGAAAUCACACGUAAGCAUGCACUGGCCAGAACAGCAUAUUUCCCUAAAGGAAAUUACUGAACCAGUCAACCUUUCCCCAACAAUCUAACAGCUUCAUGCUCACUGUUACUGAAACCAUGUUUCUGUUUCCAGUUUAUAAAUAUUUUUAAUGGGUUCUCAAACUUCCAUUGUGGUAUUUGAACUCUCAUUCUCAGUACUAUUAGUCCUAUAAUAUAGCAACUCUAAAAUGAUAUCCAAUCUUAUGUCUGUAUGAAGUGCCAUCGGGUUCCCAUUUUCCUUUUCAACACGUUUUGGUGUUUUUCUUGGAGUGGACACCCAGAACUGACCACAUUACUUAAGAUGACAGCUUUUAUAUACUUUUCAGUACAAAUCUAAAUGUGUUGGAAAGCACCCCAAAUUUCAAAUGAAGGGUUCUGCAGGAGAAAGCAAAUAGAUGUUUGUACAUCAAAAUGGGGAAAAAAAAGGUGAUUUUUGUAAUGGGGGAAUGAAUGCUUAGGAUAUCCAGGAAAGAUUAAAGAAACUUGUUACUUUAAUGAGAAAUGUCUACCCCUCAUUGCUCUGUCAUGAUGCAUGCCAGUGUUCGGUUUAGAGUCCAUCUUGUUGCUGUGGGUUUGGCGUCAUGUACUGGCUCAGAACAGACAACAGGUUUCUCAAAGAGACAUUAAUGAACACAUUGAGUUUUUAAUAAUAAACUAAGUUUUCUGGUCAUUUUUAUUGAUACCCAGAUUUUCUUUUCAAGUGAAGCAAGCUACCCUGCUGGAACAAUACUUGAAUGUCAAACUAGUAACAUAACCACUACACUGUUGCGUCUGCAAAAUGCAUAUUACAACUGUACAUGAUGGGGAAAUUCAAUGUAGUGAGGAGGAUAGAAAUAAAUUUUAGGAGCACAUGGGCAGAUAUAUGACAGAUGAAAGUCAAUGCAGAGAAUGUCGGCUGAUUCAACUUCAUCAGUAAAAUAAGGAGAGGAAAUAAAUUUUAAAUAAUAUGAAAUAAAAUGUGGCACAUUGGUAAUGUCAAUAAUCUAGUAAUCCAGAGCCCUGGUCUAAUUACUUGGAAAAAUGGGUUGAAAUACCACCAAGGCCUCUGAUAGAAAUAAAUUCAACUGAUAAAUCUUGAAUGUAUAGGGUUCAUAAUGGUGACCAAGAUAACUACAGUCAUUUUUUUUAAAAUCCCAUCUGUUUCAAUGAGGUUACUUAGGGAAGGACAUCUGCAGUCCUUCCCUAUCUGCCUAAACGUAACUCCAGAUACACUUGGUUAAUUCUUAACUGCUCUUUGAAGUGUCCCCAGAAAGCAAUUGAGUUUGAGGGCAAAUUAAGGAUGGACAGUGAAUACUGGCCUUGCUAGAAAAAACCCUGUCCCACAAAAUAAUAAAGAAGACUGUCUCAUCUGUGACAAUAUCAAAAUAGUUUUGCACUUUUAUGUUUGAUUAUACAGAUUAACUGAAGUGGAGGAAAGUACUGUAUACAAACACCAAUAGUUAAUGAUUCAUGGAAGUCAAAAAAAGACAGCUGAAUGAACAGAAUACAACAUAGGACCAUAGAAAUAUGAGACCAUUUAAGUUAUGAUACCAAUCCAGAUUUUCAAUAAGAUCAAGUUAAUCUAAAUUCUAAUUCAAUUUCAUACCUAUCACCUUAUUGUCAUAAUUUCAACAUCCGUAAUCAACAAAAAUCCAUUGAUUUCAGUUUUGAAAUGAUCUGUGAAAUAGGACUUUCCACAGUAUGAGAAACACGGAGCACUGUUAGCAAGAGGUUGCUGUGUAUGUUGUUUAAAUGGUUAAACACUGUAUUAAUGAUUAGGAGAAGGUGAGGACUGCAGAUGCUGGAGAUCAGAGUCAAGAAGUGUGGCAC